AUGCCACCUCGAAUAAACAUCCCGCCGGUGACUCGAGCGCUGCUCAUUGCACUGCUGUUUCAGUCUAUUCUCAGCGCCGCGAUCCGGUACCGCCAAUGGACAGGAACCGCCGAUAUACUCAUCCCUUAUCUGACGCUCGUGCCUCAGCUGUCGAUUAUCUACCCCUGGACUUUCCUCAGCACUUCGCUCGUUGAAGGAAAUGUAUUCACCUUGGGCAUCGCCGGCGCAACGUUGUUCUACGGGGGGAGAUAUCUUGAACGAGCGUGGUCAUCACGAGAACUCGCCAAGUUUCUGGCUCUAGUUACCUUGAUACCCAACUUCUUGACAUUUUUGGUCCUAGUUUUCUUCUUUACUCUAACUCGCGAUGAACGCUGGACGCUCACGGUUAUCGCGGGCACGAUCCCCAUCCAAAUCUCUUUCCUCGUGGCUUUCAGUCAACUCAUCCCAGCACACACUGUGACCCUAUUCCGCGGCAUCCUGUCCUUGAGAGUACCACGGUUUCCGCUCGUUUAUAUUGGUCUCGUUACGCUCCUUGCUCUCACGCCGUUGCUCACGACCGCUUCGAUGUGGUUGGCUUUGUUCGGCUUCGUCACCAGCUGGACAUACCUACGAUUCUACAAGACCGUCUUUCCCGACCUCGAGUCUUCACAAGCUGCAUCCCUCCGCGGCGACGCCAGCGAGACAUUUGCGUUCGCCGAGUUCUUCCCACACCCCGUCAAGCCGUUCGUCGCAACGUACUCGGAUCUUGUCUUUCAGACUCUGGUUGCCAUGCGCAUCUGCACACCUUUCUCCCAGGCGGACGUAUCGGCCGCCCGUGGCGAUAGCUUCCUCCAGCGUGGCACGCCGGGUAGUGCUCGCGCGGAAGCCGAGAGGAGGAGGGCGAUCGCUCUCAAGGCGCUGGAUCAGAGAUUACAUGCCGCCAGCGCCAACGCGGCCAGUCGAUCCGCACCAAACCCCCCUGUGCAAGCGACCGGACCGCCGGUGGAAACGCAGCCACAGCCCAGCACCCAAACAGCCAUGACGUCUCAGCCGGCUCCAAUGCUCGGGGAGACCAAGUUUGACCCCGACCAUGACGACGAUUCCAACUCGAGCUGA